CGGCAGGGUGGAUGGAGGAUGGAUGGAUGGCGGCUGUCGCCCGGCCGCGGGUCCUGCCGGCGGGAGAGGGGUUGGGUGCCGUGGCUGGGGGCGCUGAGGGAGCCUGGCCGGGCUGGAUGCCAUCCCCGCCUUGGGAAUGGGGAGGAGAGCCUGGCACGGCCUUCCUGCUCUGGGGGCCCACGCCAGUGCUUCGGCUGGGACUGACUCUAGAAGCGUAGAAUUAAAAACAAGCCAUGUUUUUUCCUCUUAACGAGAGUUGAAACAGAGGAAAGUAGGCCUUACUACUUUGCUCUGAGUUUUGAGGGCGAGUGGAGCUGCGCUCCGACCAGCGCUAGCUACAGAAGCUGCCUCUGAGGCUACUAGUGUCAGAUGUACAAAAUCUGCAAAGAAACUUGUAGACCAGCCCGUCCCGCCUCUCCAGCAGGUGCUGUCUGCCGCGUCAAGCUCCUAACGUGUGCUGCGUGCUCCAGCAAGCCAGUCUCGAGGAGCUGCUGCAGCCGGGAGGCUGCUCUGCGGGAACCCGGUAGCUCCAGGCAGCCUCGAGCAUCCCCCAGGAUGGAGAGCGGGAGACCUCUCCGGGAAACCCAUCCCGGCCUUUGAGCACCCUCGAGGCGUGAAAGCAAAAUGGCAGGAAACAGCCUGGUUCUGCCCAUCGUCCUGUGGGGCCGUAAAGCCCCCACGCACUGCAUAUCCACCCUGCUGCUCAUGGAGGACGCCUCCAUGAUCGUCACGGGGUGCCACGACGGGCAGAUAUGUCUCUGGGACCUCUCUCUGGACUUAGAGAUUAAUCCCAGAGCUCUGUUGUUUGGUCAUACAGCCUCAAUUACUUGUUUAUCAAAGGCCUCUGCUUCCAGUGAAAAGCAGUAUAUAGUGAGCGCCUCAGAGAGCGGGGAGAUGUGUCUGUGGGAUGUGAAUGAUGGGAGGUGCAUAGAGUUUACUAAACUCGCCUGCACACACACUGGCAUACAGUUCUAUCAGUUUAUGGUUGGGACUCAGCGUGAAGGGAGACUAUUAUGCCAUGGACAUUAUCCAGAAAUCCUUGUGGUGGAUGCCACCAGCCUUGAAGUUCUUUAUUCUUUAUUAUCAAAGAUAUCUCCUGACUGGAUCAGUUCCAUGACUAUCAUCCGAUCCAAUAGAACACAAGAGGACACUGUUGUCGCAGUUUCGGUGACUGGCAUCCUCAAAGUGUGGAUAAUAACCUCUGAAGUUAGUCGGAUGCAGGAUACAACACCAGUAUUUGAAGAGGAGUCAAAACCUAUUUAUUGUCAGAACUGUCAAAGCAUUUCCUUCUGUGGGUUUACCCAGCGGUCCUUGCUGGUAGUGUGCUCCAGAUACUGGAGGGUUUUUGAUGCUGGAGAUUAUUCCCUCUUAUGUUCAGUCCCUGGUGAAAACGAUCAGACCUGGACGGGCGGGGACUUUGUGUCAGCUGAUAAAGUGAUUGUAUGGACGGAAGAUGGACAAAGUUUCAUAUAUAAAUUACCAGCCAGCUGUCUACCAGCCAGUGAUUCAUUUCGCAGAGAUGUGGGGAAAGCAGUAGAAAAUUUAAUUCCGCCUUUAUUGUACAGUGUGUUGGACAGAGCAGAUAAACAGCUACUCAUAUGUCCUCCGGUUACCCGGUUCUUCUAUGGACACAGGGAGACUUCCUAUAAGCUGUUAAUCCAGGGAGACUCUUCGGGGAGACUCUGUAUUUGGAGUGUGCCUGAUACUCUUGAACAACAAGACAGUGCUAAAGGACUGCAAACAACCACUUCAAUAUCCCUCCAGGAAGCUUUUGAUAAACUUACUCCUCGCCCUGCUGGGAUUAUAGACCAACUAAGCCUAAUACCAAACAUCAACGAGCCACUUAAAGUCACGGCCAGCGUGUACAUCCCCGCCCACGGGCGUUUGGUCUGUGGCCGCGAGGACGGGAGCAUUGUCAUUGUGCCAGCCACACAAACGGCUAUCGUUCAGCUGCUGCAAGGGGAGCACAUGCUCAGGAGAGGUUGGCCACCUCACCGGACUCUCCGAGGCCAUCGAAACAAAAUUACAUGUUUACUGUAUCCUCAUCAGGUUUCUUCUCGUUACGAUCAAAGGUAUUUGAUCUCAGGUGGUGUGGAUUUCUCAGUCAUCAUAUGGGAUAUAUUUUCUGGAGAGAUGAAACAUAUCUUCUGUGUACAUGGUGGAGAAAUUACACAGCUUCUAGUUCCACCAGAAAACUGUAGCGCAAGGGUCCAGCACUGUAUUUGCUCUGUGGCCAGUGAUCAUUCCGUAGGUCUUCUGAGUCUGCGGGAGAAAAAGUGCAUCAUGCUGGCAUCCCGUCACCUCUUCCCUAUUCAAGUAAUAAAAUGGAGGCCUUCGGAUGACUAUCUGGUGGUGGGGUGUUCAGAUGGGUCUGUGUACGUCUGGCAAAUGGAUACCGGGGCGCUGGACCGGUGCGUGAUGGGGAUAACGGCGGUGGAGAUCCUGAACGCCUGCGACGAGGCGGUCCCGGCGGCUGUGGACUCCCUCAGCCACCCUGCUGUCAACCUGAAGCAGGCCAUGACCAGGCGCAGUCUGGCUGCGCUGAAAAACGUGGCCCACCAGAAACUGCAGACUCUGGCCACCAACCUGCUCGCUUCCGAGGCCUCUGACAAGGGGAAUUUACCCAAAUAUUCCCAUAACUCCCUGAUGGUUCAAGCUAUAAAGACUAACCUAACAGAUCCAGAUGUACAUGUGCUCUUCUUUGACGUAGAAGCCCUGAUAAUUCAGCUGCUGACCGAGGAGGCGUCCCGACCCAACACUGCUCUCAUCUCUCCGGAGAAUUUACAGAAAGCCUCUGGUGGGUCUGACAAAGGAGGCUCCUUUUUGACUGGUAAACGAGCAGCCGUCCUCUUCCAGCAGGUCAAGGAAACAAUCAAAGAGAAUAUAAAAGAGCAUCUUCUCGAUGACGAUGAUGAGGAUGAAGAAUCGAUAAGACAGAGGAGAGAAGACGGUGACCCAGAAUAUCGCUCUAGCAAAUCUAAACCAUUAACUCUAUUAGAAUAUAAUCUCACCAUGGAUACAGCAAAGCUUUUUAUGUCCUGUCUUCAUGCCUGGGGCCUGAAUUCUGUUCUAGAUGAGCUUUGCCUUGAUCGUCUUGGGAUGCUUAAGCCACACUGUUCGGUGUCCUUCGGCCUCCUCUCUAGGGGAGGCCACAUGUCCCUGAUGCUUCCUGGCUACAAUCAGCCCGUGGGCAAACCGUCCUACGAUGGUGUGGAGUUGGGAAGGAAAAUGUCCAUCACGGAAGGGCUCGGGAAGGGGACGUACGGUGUGUCACGUGCUGUCACCACUCAGCACCUCCUCUCCGUCAUCUCCUUGGCCAACACGCUGAUGAGCAUGACCAACGCAACUUUCAUCGGAGACCACAUGAAAAAAGGGCCGACGAGGCCACCUAGGCCAGGCACUCCUGAGAUGUCAAAAGUGAAGACACCCCCUUCGAUUUCAAGUCAUGCAGCCCAAGGACAAAUUAAGCAAGUUGCUCCUGCUGUUUCUUCUAGCACUGAAGCUGGUCACUCUGGCUCUGACACUGCUCCUCCUUUACAUACCUGUUUCUUAGUCAAUGAAGGGUGGAGCCAGCUCGCUGCUAUGCACUGUGUCAUGCUCCCCGACCUGCUGGGGCUGGAUAAAUUCCGACCUCCUCUUCUGGAGAUGCUGGCUCGCAGGUGGCAGGAUCGAUGCUUGGAGGUAAGAGAAGCUGCCCAGGCCCUACUGCUAGCGGAACUGAGGAGAAUCGAGCAGGCGGGUCGGAAAGAAACUAUCGAUGCCUGGGCUCCUUAUUUACCACAGUACAUUGACAGCGUUAUAUCACCUGGAGUAACCACGGAAGCCAUUCAGACUGGUAGUGCAAGCCCGGAUUCCUUGGGAACAGAAGCCAAAGUUCAGGAAGAAGAGCACGAUCUGGUUGACGAUGACAUCACGGCAGGUUGUCUGUCGGGUCUCCCACAAAUGAAAAAAAUAUCUACGUCCUACGAAGAGAGACGGAAGCAAGCCACGGCCAUCGUCCUGCUGGGGGUGAUCGGGGCGGAGUUUGGAGCUGAAAUCGAACCUCCAAAGCUGCUCACUCGGCCACGCAGCUCCAGUCAAAUUCCCGAGGGAUUCGGGCUGACCAGCGGUGGAUCGAAUUAUUCUUUGGCAAGGCAUACGUGCAAGGCGCUGACGUUCCUGCUGCUGCAGCCGCCCAGCCCCAAGCUGCCCGCGCACAGCACCAUCCGCAGAACCGCCAUCGACCUCAUCGGCCGCGGCUUCACCGUCUGGGAGCCCUACAUGGACGUCUCGGCCGUGCUGAUGGGCCUCCUGGAGCUCUGCGCCGACGCCGAGAAGCAGCUGGCGAACAUCACAAUGGGGCUGCCCCUGAGCCCCGCCGCCGACUCUGCCCGCUCGGCGCGACACGCUCUGUCCCUCAUCGCCACGGCCCGACCACCCGCCUUCAUCACCACCAUCGCCAAGGAGGUGCACAGACACACCGCCCUCGCCGCCAACACGCAGUCCCAGCAGAAUAUUCACACCACCACCCUGGCUCGGGCUAAAGGCGAGAUCUUGAGAGUCAUCGAGAUACUUAUCGAGAAGAUGCCCACCGACGUCGUGGACCUGCUGGUGGAGGUUAUGGACAUCAUCAUGUAUUGCCUUGAGGGAUCUUUAGUUAAGAAGAAGGGUCUUCAGGAAUGCUUCCCAGCCAUCUGCAGGUUCUACAUGGUCAGCUAUUACGAGCGGAGUCACAGAAUCGCAGUGGGAGCCCGCCAUGGUUCAGUGGCCCUCUACGACAUCCGGACUGGGAAAUGUCAGACUAUCCACGGCCACAAAGGACCCAUCACGGCGGUGGCUUUCGCCCCUGACGGCCGGUACCUCGCCACCUACUCCAACUCCGACAGCCACCUCUGCUUCUGGCAGAUGAACACCUCCCUCCUGGGGAGCAUCGGCAUGCUCAACUCUGCGCCCCAGCUCCGCUGCAUCAAAACCUACCAGGUGCCCCCCGUGCAACCGGCCUCGCCGGGCUCCCACAACGCCCUGCGCCUGGCGCGGCUCAUCUGGACCUCCAACCGCAACGUCAUCCUCAUGGCUCACGACGGCAAGGAGCAUCGCUUCAUGGUCUAGGGUACCCCCCGCGCUGGAACCCAGCUUCCUCCCUCCCGCCGUGCCCUCGGGGGCUCCGCCGACACCGUCCCCGUUUCCCCGGCGGCGCGGGAGCGGCGGAACCGGGGGCUGGUGGCACCAACCAGGCACCGCCCGGCCCCUCCCUCGCCCGUCAAACGCCUUUUCCCGUCGGAGGCUCUGGCAGGAUGGCAGUGUUUACCAAACGGCUCGUGUUUACAUGGACUUUCUCCCAGCCAGCACCCAGUGACGGCGCGGGGCGCGUCUCGGAGCUCGGCACGCGGGUUUCUCAGUGAGGGGCUCGUGGCCUCGGGACGGGGACGGGGGGAGUUUUGAGGGGGGUGGCCCGUGUUCCGAUCCGAAGGGGAUGUUUCCUCACGCAAAGUCUCAGUUUUCGAGAGAAUUGGAAGUGCUGCUGUGCCCAGUCACUGCUGUGGUCUGGGAGAAAGAUAAUAGUCCACGUGUAAAUAAUAAUUAAGAAUAAUCUCUUUAAGGUGGAAUAGCAAACUUGAAAAAAAGGAGUAUUUAUAUAUACAGGUGGUUUUUGUUACCAGUGCAGGUAUUUAUUUAAAAAAAAAAAAAGACAAAAUCUUUUUUUUCCCUAAAGCCGCUCCCAUUUGUGCCGGGCCGUGCUCGUGUCACCCCCACGGGAAGGACACGGGCCUGGAGGGGGCGGCUCUGGCUGGAAAAAUGAUGCAAAGUGUGGAGCAGGUAAGUUAUUUGAAUGGAGAUGUUGAAACAUUCUCUUCAGUAGGAACAUUCCUGUGUACCAUUAGCUGUGACUGUGUUUCCCUCUUCUUACAUAUCUAAUUUUGUGAAAUAUUUAAUAGUGUGAAAGUAUGCUGGUUUACGCUCACAGUAAAGAAAAAAAAAAUCUAUAAAAUACUAUUUUAUUUAAACAUAUUGAUGUAUAUGUUUGUAUAGCUUUUUCUUUGCCAUUUCUGUCUGAAAAGCUCACAGAACUAAGGAGGCUGUCUUUACAUAAUAAAGGAAAAACGGUACUUACAGAAUCUUCCCUUCCCCCAAAAGGAAUAAAUAUAUUAUUUUAAAAUGGCUUCUAAAUAUAAAAAACAUUGAUUUUCUUUUUUUAGGUGGCCCGUGUAGUACACCGUACACGGAAGUGAGAUUUAAAGUCCGGAGCUACAUAUCUGUUUGCUGUUUGAAAAUCAUUUUAAAAGUCUAAAAAGCAAGAAACUAAGACCGUUAGGAAUGUUUAACACAAACUGCCGUCAAGUUUAAUCUUCUCUGGCGGGAAUGUAGUGUCUAGUGGAGAACUCUGUGGUAGAACAUCAGGGUCUUUUCUACGUGAACUAAUGCGACGUGCAUGUACAUUGUGUUUAUACAGAUCUACGUGUAACCUUGGGGAUUAAGAGAAACACACAAGAGGGGAGAGCGGAGGCUUUUCACCCGUGGGAUGGAAGGUUGUGGUUUCGGCUCCCGAGGAGGCGCCGGGGCACGCUGCGGGCGUUCUCCCCCCGGCACCCCGGGACCCGAGCCCUGGGCGCGUGGUAGCUCACACAAGUGCAUUUGUUUGUGUGAAGCGAGAGGCCUGUGGGGGUUUCCCAGCUGUAGGAGCGAGCUGUAAUUUUCCUCACGGGCCUGCCAGGGGGUCGGUGUGGCCGGAGCCGCGGCACGGCUGGCGAGGGGGCUGUUUGCCCAGGAGUCGCCAGCCCCCGGCGUGACUCUGGUGGGGGCCGAGCGCGCGUGGUCCCCGACAGAUCCCUUCCCGUUAAACCCAGCCUCCGCCACAGUGACUUGCUUAAGCCCAGCCCUGAAAUCCUGCCCAGCCUGGCGCUCUCGGCACUGCGGUGAAAUGUGUAUUGUCAUUCCAGUGUAAGCUUUUAGUGCUUUAUUGAUUUGUUAGUGCUGUAUUUGGACUUGUCCUUGUAAAUGUAGAGACGUAUGUGGCUUCGUUGGCAGUUUACAAGCAAAAGAUGACAUGAUGAGACACCUGUAUGAAAAUGUUGUGAUGAUUGAAGUCACCGUGUAUGGGGAAUGGUUCAAGUGUCUGCCUCUCCAGCAACUUCUUGACAACUCCACUCCCCGUCCUCUGUAUGUAUUCAACUUCCCGGUGUAAAUAUGCUUGUGAAAUAAAAUGGAAUCAUGCUGAA